AUGGAGUCACUAUCUGAGCGCAUGAGGAAAUUAGAAGACUUCUUGUUAAAGCAAGGCCUUCAACUUCCUGGUGAGAGCAAUGACGAGCAAGAUGCCGCAAGACCUGAAGAAUGUAUUCGGCCCCGAAAUGGAAGCACCAUCUCGGCCCCAUUAGAAAAUGAUAUGAUUGAGGUCCUGAACCCAGCUAAAGAGAAACCCCAGGCCCAUGAUAUCCACGACCGUCCUGACCGUCCUGACAAGGGACUAGUAGACACCGCAACAGGCCUGAAGCCACCGUCAACUCAGUCAGUGUUCUCAGGCGCCAGUCCGCAGUCCACAACCUCUAGCCAGAGUAUCCUCAACAACAUCUUAUCUACGCAUGGUCAUUGGAGUUAUGAUGAGAACUCUGGCCGACUGCGUUACUUCGGGCCCACGACGAAUUUUCACAUUUACUCUGGAGCGAAACACGUGCCAUAUAUACUAGACUCUCGUGGACAGGAAAGACACGGAUUAUCAAUUCUCGAGGACAUCAGCCCAGCAACAAAGGAAUAUUUGAUGGACUUGUACUGGACAUACUACAACAGUGUUCUGUUCGUGGUCCACAGCGAGGCCUUCCUUGCAGAUCAGAGAGAAGGACGACACGUUCACUAUAGCGCAUUGUUACAUAUCUGUAUUCUCGCGAUGGGGAUCCGCUUCGCCGAUUCAACACGGCCAGAUAUCAACGGCCUCCUCCUAGGCGUAGGUAGAGAAAGUCGGCUACAACUAGAAGCUAAACGCCUUCUAGAAUAUGAGCUUCAGAUACCGGGUGGUCUGCCAAGCGUCCAGGCACUUUUGAUACUAGGUGACUUGGAGUGCGCUGUGGGUAGAGACAACACGGGCUGGAUGUAUGUUGGCUUUGCAUGCAGGCUUGCAAUUGAUCUUGGGUUGAACCUAGAUUGUACCAAGAUAGAUCUACCAGAACUUACUAUCAAGGUACGAUACAUGGUCUUAUGGGCCUGCAUCAUAUAUGAUCGUUACUGGGCUCUUUUUUUAGGGCGCCCGACUAUGCUUAAAGCAUCCGAUAUAGUCUUGGACCAACUUUCCAAAAGCCUUGACGUUCUAAGCAAAGAGCUUGAUACUCUUGAGGGUAAAAUAUACUGCUCUCUCCUUGAACUCAUGACUCUUGCUGGCAAGAUAAGCGAGAUUCAGGAAGUUGGUGCCAACCGCUUAGAUUUGAAAGCCUACCUCAGUAUGGCAGCUCUCGACCGGGAGCUCAAUCAGUGGUACUCUCACCUUCCCCAACACCUGAGAUGGAAAACACACAAUAUUUCCACAGCUCCUGCAAGCUUUUUCCUUCUCCACGCUGGGACAAAUACCCUCUCCGGUACCAGUAUAGAUGAUUAUUCGUCGUAUCCUGAAGCCAAUCAAUUACCGUUGCUGUCGCGCAAGGUUUGCUUGACUAACGCCAUCCGGGUGGCGAAAAUUUUCAAGUACCAUCAUGCCCGUUUCCAAGGCAGCCAGAUGUUCAUAACCGGCCUCGAUCAUGCAGGGACUGCUGCCACCGCACUCAUUGCCGGUAUCGCGAAUAUAACAGACCCUAGAGAGAGAGCUAUUCCCCUUCGACACCUCAAAUGGAUGGCAGAUGCAAUGAGGGGAAUGAGUUCGGCAUACCGCGCGGCAGAGCGAAUGACUAGUGUUUUGGACAGUAUUUUCGAAGACCCAGAUUGGUCUCAAGCCCCAGCUGUGAGAGAAUCGGACCUUGGAUCGACUCCAAGAGCCCAUGCAAAAGCCCAGAGUUCAGCUUCUACGACUCUGAAAGACCCGAUGAAAAGACCCUGGUCUUCGGCCCAAAAUGAUAUUGAUAUUGGAAUGGGAACGAAGUCUAGUGAAAUGGACGGGCUAAAUAACUACAGCUUCGAAGAACACAACAACCACCCAAGCAAAUAUUUGAGAUCUGCAUCUGGGGCUCCAGCUACCGGUUUUGGUCUUGAUGCCAUACUCGCUUCGGGCGACAACUCGUCCCAGUGCGUGUUUAAUAAGUGGUUCAACGAUAACGAUGAGUUCGGCGUCCUCGAUCCGCUGUUCCUCCAACCAGAAUUUGACAGUAUGGAGGACUUUAAUAUUGUUCCACCAGGUCUCACUGGCAUUGACUCUUUGGACCACUUCAGCCCCCAGCCUGGUCCGAUUGCCAGUAACAAUAUGAAUAAUACAGUCGCUAAAGUACACAUGGCGCCGCCACCUUCGCAUGACAGGGACAGUAUAGCAACCUCACCAAGAUAUGUAGCGGAUGGGGAAAUUACAGGAGGAUGGCCAGGACAGACUUCCAGCGGGGUAUUCUCAUCCUUUGAAGGGCAGCAGCCUAGGUCCCGCUACAAACCACCGGCUCCAGAAGGAUGGAACUUCUCCAACAAAUUCCCAUAG